AUGGCCUCAUCAAGUUUGGACAUGCCUGAUAUUGAGCAGGGGUAUGCCGAUAUCACUAUUGAAGGUGAAGACGAUGGGGAUUUGGGCGUCAAUUUUCUUGUGCCGGAUGAUCAAGCUGGUCACGAUCAUCUAUCUAUUGUUGGCUUUUUCCUUACUGCUCGGCCAGUAGACUUUGAAGCCAUGAGACAUGUCAUGGCAUCUCUAUGUUUUAUCAUGAGAUUGAUUUGGAAAGGGUCGUUGAGGGGAGUUCGUGGACAUUCAAUCAUCAACAGUUUUUUUUUUGGGCGGCUCCAAAGAGGUGAAGAUCCUAAGAAGGUGGUCAUCAAUAGUCUUGAUAUGUGGGUUCAGAUACAUGGGCUCCAAACUGGUUUUAAAUCGGCAUCUGUUGUGGAACGCUUUGGCAAUUUUGUUGGGACAUUUAUCAAAUCAGACCCGAAGAAUUUUCAGCAAGUUUGGCGUGAAUAUAUGCGUGUCCAUGUCCCAAUCGAUAUUACGGUGCCGCUAAAACGAAGGAAGAUACUCCAGCGAAGCAUGGAUGAUCCGAGUUUCUGGGCAGAGUUUAAGUAUGAGUAUGUCCCUACUUUUUGCUUUAUUUGUGGUGUUAUCGGUCAUUCCGAAAAGUUUUGUUCCAAGCUUUUUGAAGUGCCGAUUGAAAAUAUUGUAAAACCGUAUGGGGUUUGGAUGAGAGCUCAACCUUGGAGGAGGAAUAAUUUAAUUGGAUCGCAAUGGUUGCGGGAUGGUAAUGAGUCGGACAUGGAGUUUGUUGGCCGGAGUACCAGUACAAGUGCGGCUGUGGGUGGUCUGUCUUCCUCCAGGCCGAUUUCUAUGGAGGCUGGUGGAGGGGAUAGGGAGAUGUCGUGUGCGGCAAGGAAGGAGGAUGGGUGUGAUAGUUUGAUUGUCUUGGACACUAAAAGACGUCGUAUGGUGGAAUCUCAAUUGGGCCAAAACCAGGUGGAAGGCUCUAAUGUGGGCCGAAUGAAUGUGGAGGGGUCCAUUGUGGGCCGAAUUAAUGAGGAAGGGGUUGAUGUGGGCCAAAAACCAGGCCCACCGAUCAUUAUGAGUAUCAUCAGUUGGAAUUGUCGUGGGCUUGGGAACCCGAGGGUUUAUCAAUUCCUUGUGGAUCUAGUGGUCCAAAAGAAACCCAAUUUUCUUUUUCUUUGUGAAACUUUUUCUGGUAAAGAGAAACUUGAAAGACUUCGUGUUAAGUUGGGCUUUGAUGGUUUGUUUUCGAUUUAUGCUAGAGGGCAUAGUGGAGGUUUGGCUAUGCUUUGGCGCAAUGAUUCUGAAGCUCGGCUACUUGGCUAUUCUUUUAAUCAUAUUGAUAUGGAGAUAUCUGAAGAUGCUUCUUCUCCUUGGAGAUUGGCUGGGGUUUAUGGGGAUCCCAAUAGGAGUUUGCGGUAUAAGACUUGGGACUUGUUGCGAACUCUGAGGUUGGAGUCUAAUCUUCCGUGGUGUGUCAUUGGCGAUUUAAAUAAUGUUACUAGUCAUCUUGAUAAGAGGAGCGGUCAUGAUAAUCCUCAAUGGCUUCUGGAUGGAUUUAAUGAUGUUCUUGCUGAGUGUGAUCUCAUUAAUCUUGACUUGUUAGGGUAUCUGUUUACUUGGGAGCGCGGAAGAGGAACUGAUGCUUGGAUAGAAGUCUGCCUGGAUCGUGCUCUGGUGUCUUCUCAAUGGUUUCAAUGGUUUAAUCUUGCCAAGCUCACUAAUCUUGAAAUCACAGCUUCGAAUCACUGCGUGUUAUUGCUUGAGCCUAUCAUUAGUAACUUUGUAGUUCCAUUUCGGCAAUUCCUCUUUGAGAAUGUGUGGCUGCGUGAGCCCAUGUGUUUACAGUUAUGUCUGACUGUUGGGAGCAUUGUAGUGUGUAAAAGGGAGAUUCGAAGAUGGAAGAAAGGGAGAGAUGCUACUUCUAUUCAACAUUUUCGUGAUGCUGAACUGAAACUGUGUGAUAGCAAUAGUAAGUUCUUCCACGCUAAAGCUACAGAUAGGAAAAAGCACAAUACGAUUUCUCGUCUUCAGGAUGAUUCGGGUAGGUGGGUGUCGUGGGAUGAUAGGGUUCCUGUUGUUAUGUUGGACUAUUUCAAGAAUCUUUUUACAACUUCUGCAUCAGAGUUUUCCUCGGUCGUUGAUGUUACUCCUAGUGCUAUUACUUUGGAUCAUAAUCAACAGCUUCUUGAUCGGGUCACUGAGGAGGAAGUAAGGCGUGCUCUGUUCCAUAUGCAUCCGGGUAAAUCUCCGGGACCUGAUGGUAUGACGCAUGGUUUUUUUCAAAAAUAUUGGAAUGUGGUGAAGGAUGAUGUGGUUCAGCAGGUUAGAGCUUUUUUUGAUACUGCUGUUUUACUUGAUGCGCUUAAUGAUACAAAUAUUGUGCUUAUAUCGAAGAAAAAACAACCUAUUUCCAUGAGUGAUUUGUGGCCUAUAUCUUUGUGUAAUGUCCUUUAUAAAAUUAUUUCGAAGGUGGUUGUGAAUCAUCUUAAAGUUGUUUUGCCACAUGUUAUCUCUCCAACUCAAUCUGCUUUUAUUCCUGGGUGUUUAAUCUUAGAUAACAUUAUGAUAGCGUUUGAGGUAAUGCAUUAUCUGAAGAGAAAGCGUAAGGGCAAGGAGGGAUAUAUGGCUUUGAAAUUGGAUCUUAGCAAAGCCUAUGAGAGAGUUGAAUGGGGUUUUCUUAGAGCAAUGGUGACAAAAAUGGGUUUCGCCACUCGUUUUGUGGAUCUUGUUUUGGCUACGGUCGGUUCAGUGAGGUACAAAAUUGUUCAUGGUGGGCAUGUGUCAGCUUCUUUUGUGCCAGGUAGGGGUAUUCGUCAAGGGGAUCCUCUGUCUCCUUAUCUUUUUCUCAUUUGUGCCGAGGGGUUCACUUCUCUCAUUAAGAAGUUUGAAGUUGAGGGUCUUUUAAAGGGUUGUAAGAUUGCGAAUGGGGCACCGUUAAUUUCACAUAUGCUAUUUGCUGAUGAUAGCUAUGUCUAUUGUCGUGCCAAUGAAUGA